GACGGUAAUCACGAGCCCAGCACAGCGGCGGGCGAGUAGCGGGUGUGACGUUCCGUCCACACUUAUGAAUACCGAGAUAUUGGUCCUGUACUUUGCCAAAAGUGCGGAGCUAACAGGACUGCGGUCGGAGAAUGUGCGGGUUCCUCCGGGGCUCACGUCGCUGCAGCUGUGGGAGGAACUGGUGACGAGACACCCCAGACUCUCUAUGUUACGUACACAAGUGGUUCUUGCUGUGCGUGAAGAGUACGUCCCUUUGGGGGAUCAACCUGUGAGAUUACAGGAGGGGGACGAGGUCGCUGUCAUCCCUCCUCUCAGUGGAGGGUAACACUACAGUAUGAAUGACAUUGACAGUGGUCCUCAGGACCUCAUUGAACUUACACAUGACAAGCUCUCUGCAGAUGCCGUGUCUGACUCUGUCUCGUGUCCGUCUUGUGGAGCAGUAUCAAUGUUUAUUGGUGAGUUCAACCAAAUUUGCAUUUCUUUGACUUUACAGAGUGAUUUUGCAGCAGGGGGAAAAUCUAGUACAUUUGGAAUUGACAGCUGCAGUGCUAAUAUAUUAAUUGUGAGUGUACACACACACACACAUAUA